AGAGCUUGAACUCCAUUCAACAGCGACAGUGUAUUGUUCCUACUCUCUGUCGCUAUGGAUAUCGCCGAUCUAAUUGAGUCGCCGCGAAAACGACUCAAGACUGAGGAUGUUACUAGCACGGAAGAAGCUGUACUCCCUGCGUCAGUCGGAGCUUUGCCGCCGCAGGCUGAAGCCGAUGAGCAGAUCUUGAGGGAGCUUGAAGUUGGAAUUACCGAGUUUGUUAGCGCUGGCAAUGAAGGGUUUGUAGGGAUAUUGAAGAAACGGUAUACAGAUUUUCUAGUCAAUGAGAUCCUACCCUCGGGAAAAGUCUUGCAUUUGGAAAGUCCCGCGUCGUCGGACAAGGGAAAGAGCGAAAAGCCUGCCGAAAAACCCAUAGAGAAGUCAGUGGAGGAGAAAAAGGAACCUGAACCGGUGCCGCAGCCUGAGACCUCCACGGAGAAGAAAACGCCCGCUGCUGCCACAGAGAUCCAGGUUUCGGAGGAGGACAAAACGACUCUAGAGUCCUUUUUUGGCCCGCAAUCCACUCCCAAAAUAAUAUCCCUUUAUCAACGUGCCCAUGCGAACCCGAAAGCCAGACCUAGUGAACUACCGAAAUUGAGUACUGUGGUGGUAAAUGAUCGUGAUGAGCGCAUCAAGAUUCACCAGGCAGUCCGCCGUAUCUUCAAUUCGCAGCUAGAAUCUUCAACAGAAAGUGAUGGGACUAUGGUUAUCUCUGCCGCUACAAACCGCCAUAAACGUAACCCGCCCAGUGGACGCGGCAAUGGACGCGAACGGGUGCGUGUUGACUGGGAUGAACUGGGAGGACCGUACUUGCAUUUUACUGUCUACAAGGAAAAUAAGGAUACCAUGGAGGUCAUAACCUUCAUCGCACGCCAACUAAAGAUGAACCCAAAGAGUUUCCAGUUUGCUGGCACAAAAGACCGCCGUGGAGUGACUGUUCAACGGGCUUGCGCACUCCGCCUUCACGCGGAUCGACUCGCAAAGCUCAACCAGUCCCUGCGUAACGCAGUUGUCGGAGACUUUGAGUACCGCCCGUACGGUCUUGAGCUUGGUGAUCUCUCCGGAAACGAGUUCGUCAUUACCCUUCGUGAAUGCGACAUCCCCGGCAUUGACCUCCAGGAUCGCCAAACCGCAGAAACGAGGGGCACAGAGCUCGUCAGCUCAGCACUCAAAAACCUCUAUCAACGUGGUUACUUCAACUACUACGGUCUCCAGCGCUUCGGUAGUUUUGCAACCCGCACGGACACGAUUGGCGUGAAGAUCCUCCAAGACGAUUUCAAAGGUGCCUGUGACGCAAUCCUCGACUACAGCCCACAUAUCCUCGCAGCCGCACAAGAAGGCGACGCCUCCACACUCCAAAUCAGCUCCGAUGACAAGGCGCGCGCAGAAGCCAUUCACAACUUCCAAACCACAGGCCGCGUUGGCGAGGUCCUCGAGAAAAUGCCUCGCAAGUUUUCGGCAGAAACAAACAUAAUCCGACACCUAGGACGCACUAAGAACGACUACCUUGGAGCGCUGCAAACCAUCCCCCGAAACCUGCGGUUGAUGUACGUCCAUGCUUACCAGUCGUUAGUCUGGAACCUGGCCGCUGGCGAACGCUGGCGAUUAUACGGCGACCGCGUUGUGGAGGGCGAUCUUGUCCUCAUCCACGAACACCGCGACAAGGACGGCAGCGAGGCCAACAACAAUAGCAAUGGCCCAGCGCCUGUCGCGCCUGGCGCCGUUGACGCAGAUGGCGAAGUCAUCGUCGUCCCCGCGGAAGGAGACAGCGCAUACACCGCAGAAGACACAUUUACGCGCGCGCGAGCUCUGACGGCUGAAGAAGCCUCCAGCGGUAAAUACACGAUUUUCGAUAUUGUGCUGCCCCUCCCGGGCUUUGACGUGCUUUACCCCGCCAACAAAAUGACAGAGUUCUACAAGAACUUUAUGGGUAGCCCCCGAGGCGGAGGUCUAGACCCGUUCAAUAUGCGUCGGAAAUGGAAAGACGCCAGUCUUAGCGGGAGCUAUCGGAAGUUAUUGAGUCGGAUGGGCCCAGAUUACUCUGUCUCGGUGAAGGUUUAUUCGAGAGACGAUGAGCAGUUUGUGCAAACAGACUUGGAAGCUCUCAGGAGUAAGACUUCAAACGAAGAGCAGCAGCAGGAGCAGCAAGUGGGAUCUGAGGAAGGCGGCGAUAAGCUUGCUGUAAUCCUGAAGUUCCAGCUCGGCUCGAGCCAAUAUGCUACUAUGGCCCUAAGAGAAUUGAUGAGAGGAAAGGUUAAGGCGUAUAAGCCUGAUUUCGGGGGUGGACGGUAACCACGCUCGUCCUCCCAUGUCUUGCCCUCAAAGCCAAGCCUUAUGUGUAUAUUUAAAAUCCCAUCCAUUGGGAUUAUUUAUUAUACCUUUGCGUAUAUUAUUAUAUUUUCAAAGCCCCCCACCCCCCCGCAAAAAAGUUCAAGAUC